UUUGCUCGUCACACGGACCCGCGCACCGCCCAACCCUAGCGCGCCGCCGCCUGCCCCUCGUCCCGGGCGAGCCUUCUCGCCGCCAGCGGUCACGCCGACGAGCCUAUCCGGCACCCACCCCGAGGACGCCACCCCGAGGCCAAGUACCAAGUCCAGCCCACGCAGCAGUACCACGCCCCGGCCGGCCGGCCCCGUUGGCUGCAGUAGCACGCAGCCCUCUCUCCAGUACGCUUCUUGGCUUCUCUUCUACUCCUGUUCCUGCCGACGGGGGCGGCCGGCGGCGACCAGCCACCAGCACCUGCGGGCGGCCGGCGGUCCAGCCCUCCGCCUCAUGUUAUGGCGCGGCUGCCGCUGUCGCUGUCGCCAUCUCCACCGGCUUUCACCCCCGUCAAGGAGGAGCCGGACGUCGGCACCACCACCGCUGCUACUCGCACUUCGCGCCCACCGCCCCGCAAGAAGCGCCGCCGGGACCACCUUCCGGCAACCCCAACCCAGCCGCUGCCCACGCCCCAAACUAUUCUAUCCCGGAUUUCGAAAGCCGAUUCCUUCGAUGUCAAGCGAUGCGGGAAGCUGGACCUAACGCCGACGACCGUGCCCACCUCCAUAAAGACCGAGCCUGAAGCUGACGACGGGGCUGGCAAGGAUGCAGGAGGGGAAACAUUGGGCGCACCACCGCACAAGAAGCGCCACCGGGACCACCUUCCGGUAACCCCAACCCAGCAGCCCCUUUUCACGCCCCAAGCUACCCUGCCGGGCAUUUCAAGGGCCGAUUCUUCGGCGGACAAGUGGAGCGAGCAGCCCAGCGCAACGCCGACUGCCACCGUCAAGCGUGAGCUCGACACUGACGCUGGCAAGGACGCAGGAGGGAAGCUGGUCCGGAGACGACGCCCCUUCCCCCAGAGGCCCACGACAGGGCAAGCACCCACCAUGUGGGCCAAUCGUGGCCGCCUCGGACGUCUCCUGCACAAUCUAGUUCGCUCACACCAAUGGCGAGAUGCGGCCGGGGUCUUCUCCGUGCUCCUACCUGGCAUCCAGCGCCCUGACUCCUUUGAGGAGGCCCGCAGCAUUUUAGUGGAUGCGAUGGAUAUUCAUAGACGCCUUGCUCAGGACAGCGGUGGCAGGAGAACCUACUGCCACAGGACGCAGAAGGUUUUUGAUGUUUGGAUACAACGGCUAAUGUGGUUGCCUACUUGUACAAAAAAACACAUGGUUAAACUCGAACUGGCUCUAUUUUAUCUUUCACAAGGCAAGAUCGGCGAUGCACACAAUGCAACAAGAGUCCUCCUCACGAAGGACGGACUAAAGAUGGAACCAACACUAAAUCUGAUACAUGGCUUGAUAUCAUAUGAUAAAUGGUACUCUGGCUUGCCCAAAGAUAUGCAACUUGAGAGAUUUGAUGUGUACGAUGAAUCAUGCAAAAUUUCUGUGUCAUCGAAUGCCUGUGGAGAUAAGGGUCUCCAGGAUAGUUCAGAUGACAAUUGCAGCAUUGAUGUUGAUGAUGCCAGUUUUCCUGCUUGCUCUUCAGAAAGUUCUAUCAAUAACGGGAAUAUAGACAAAAUAUGCAAGAUUCCCAAGCAAUCUCAUUUUGUUUAUCCUGUUAAGGAAAAUGAUUCAGUAGAUUCACAAGUGAAAGAAGAAGUGGUUUCUGAAGAUUUUCGAAGCGUAUUUUUUAAUACCUCUGAUGCCCCUACCUGUGGAUUGGAACAAACCUUGUUGCCGCUACGUCUAAAGCAUGCUGCUGGGAAUUCAAGUGAAUGCUUUGAUUCGUACUGGAAGUACAAGUCAACACCUAAUACCUUCUACACAGAUGCAGAAAGAUGUCUAAGAGUGGCUCUUCAUUCUUCGCCACCAGUAAUGGCAGCCUUGUUACCAUUAAUACAGAUCCUCCUGCUUGGUGAUAAACUGAAAGAUGCACUUUGUGAACUUGAGAGGACCUGCCGCGGUUCUACUACAGCGCUUCCUUUCAGAUUGCGUGGUAGAUUGCUAGAGUAUUUUGACCAAAACCAAGUAUCAACUAUAUCUUCUUGCUAUGAGGAAGCUUUGCAAAGAGAUCCUACAUGUAGCUACUCGGUUGAGAGGCUAACUGAAAUGCACAGAAAAGGAUAUUAUAAUACCACACGACUACUUGAGAGAAUUGCUUUGCAUCUAGACUCUGUGAACGGCAAGCCUUUCGUCUGGGAGGAGCUUGUAUCAUGCUUCCUUCGGCUUUUUUCUGAUCGUACUACUGACUACGAGGAUUGUAUUUCAUGUAAUGUUGAAGGAGAGGCAUCGAUCAAUCCUUUUAGUAGUCUUUCCUCAGUCUUCUUUGAGCAACAUACAAGGGAAUCAUGGAAGCUCCGGUGCAAAUGGUGGAUCAACCGUCAUUUCAGCCAAAACAUCUAUAUGUCGGAAACCGCGAAAGGUGAUUCCAAGCUCCUCGCUUCCAAGGCAUCUUGUGCCUCUCACAUGCUUGGGCCCGGAUUCCCAUAUGUCAAAGCAGCUAAGAGCUAUCUUUCCAAGCAAGAAGCUAUGGAUGAAUCCAGAUUCUUGUCCAGGAACAUCGAAAAUUCUGUCAAGUUAUUACAAAGUUUGGAGAAACUAACUUGAUGGCUCCGUUUAGUUUUCUCUUUUCUUUUUCGUAGGGUAGUUUAUGUUGUUGUAUAAUUUUGACAUGAUAUGAGGUUAGUUUUUGUGAGCGGGAGAUCUACAGCGGUGCAUCCCAAUAUUUUGUGUAGUUGGCGCUGGUGAGACAUGAGAAUCAACAGCGGUGUGUCCCAAUAUAUAGCAUAUUUGGCAUUGGUCAAA